CCUCGCCAGCCUCGUCCUCGCCAUGGCUCAGGCCGCCAAGCAGCUCAAGAAGAUCAAAGACAUCGAGGCGCAGGCCUUGGCGGAGCAGAAGGAGAAGGAGGAGACCAACCGCAAGCGCAGGAACCGCUCGCGGGACCGCAAGAAGAAGGCCGAUGCUGCGACCAGCUUCCUGCGGGCAGCGCGAUCUGGGAACCUGGACAAAGCUCUGGACCACCUGAGGAAUGGCGUGGAUAUUAACACCUGCAAUCAGAAUGGGCUAAAUGCUUUGCACCUGGCCUCCAAGGAGGGGCACGUGAAGAUGGUGGCUGAACUGCUGCACAAAGAAAUCGUACUGGAAACCACCACCAAGAAAGGGAACACAGCGUUGCAUAUCGCCGCCCUCGCAGGACAAGAAGAUGUGGUGCGGGAGCUGGUGAACUUCGGGGCAAAUGUCAAUGCACAGUCACAGAAAGGCUUCACGCCCCUGUACAUGGCAGCGCAAGAGAAUCACCUGGAAGUGGUCAAGUUCCUCCUGGAGAAUGGUGCCAACCAAAACGUGGCGACAGAAGAUGGCUUCACGCCGCUGGCUGUGGCUCUGCAGCAGGGCCACGAAAACGUUGUGGCCCACCUGAUUAAUUAUGGGACGAAGGGGAAGGUGCGCCUCCCAGCAUUGCACAUAGCUGCCCGCAAUGACGACACGCGCACUGCCGCUGUGCUCCUGCAGAACGACCCAAACGCCGAUGUCCUUUCCAAGACUGGCUUCACCCCACUGCACAUAGCCGCACACUACGAGAACCUCAACGUGGCCCAGUUACUGCUGAACCGGGGAGCAAGUGUCAACUUCACUCCCCAGAACGGCAUCACCCCACUGCACAUCGCUUCCCGUCGUGGCAACAUCAUCAUGGUGCGCCUGCUGCUUGACCGGGGGGCCCACAUCGAGACCCGCACCAAGGACGAGCUGACGCCCUUGCACUGUGCUUCUAGGAACGGGCACGUGCGGAUUGCCGAAAUCCUGCUGGACCACGGUGCUCCCAUCCAAGCCAAGACCAAGAAUGGCCUGUCCCCCAUCCACAUGGCUUCCCAGGGGGACCACUUGGAUUGUGUCCGGCUUCUGCUGCAAUACAAUGCUGACAUCGACGACAUCACGCUAGACCACCUGACGCCGCUGCACGUGGCCGCCCACUGUGGCCACCACCGGGUGGCCAAGGUCCUGCUGGAGAAGGGGGCAAAGCCCAACGCACGGGCGCUGAAUGGCUUCACUCCUCUGCACAUCGCCUGCAAGAAGAACCACAUCCGGGUGAUGGAGCUCCUGCUGAAGACGGGGGCCUCUAUCGACGCAGUCACUGAGUCUGGCCUGACUCCUCUCCAUGUGGCCUCGUUCAUGGGGAACCUUCCCAUCGUCAAAAUCCUGCUGCAGCGUGGGGCAUCCCCCAACGUUUCCAAUGUGAAAGUGGAGACACCGCUACAUAUGGCAGCACGGGCUGGGCACACAGAGGUGGCUAAGUACCUGCUCCAGAACAAGGCCAAAGUCAACGCCAAGGCAAAGGAUGAUCAGACGCCCCUGCACUGUGCGGCCCGCCUUGGCCACUGCACCAUGGUGAAGCUCCUCCUAGAAGGCGGUGCUGACCCCAACCUGUCCACGACAGCCGGGCACACGCCCCUGCACAUCACAGCGCGUGAAGGCCACCUGGACUGCGCCUGCGCUCUCCUGGACAAGGAGGCGUCACAGACCGCCAUGACCAAGAAAGGAUUUACCCCUCUGCACGUUGCUUCCAAAUAUGGGAAAGUGGACGUGGCCGAGGUGCUGCUGGACCGCAACGCCCAGCCCAACGCAGCAGGGAAGAACGGCCUCACACCCCUCCACGUCGCCGUACACCACAACAACUUGGACGUCGUCAAAGUGCUGCUGCCCAAGGGGGCCUCCCCGCACAGCGUGGCCUGGAACGGAUACACCCCCCUGCACAUCGCCGCCAGGCAGAACCAAAUGGAGGUGGCCAGCAGCCUGCUGCAGUACGGCGCUUCCGCCAACGCCGAGUCCACGCAAGGAGUGACCCCGCUGCACCUGGCGGCCCAGGAGGGCCACACGGAGAUGGUGGCGCUGCUCCUCUCCAAGCAGGCGAACGGCGACUUUGGCAACAAGAGUGGCCUCACCCCCCUCCACCUGGUGGCUCAGGAGGGACACGUUCAAGUGGCGGACGUCCUCCUGAGGCACGGAGUCCGUGUGGAUGCGACGACGCGGAUGGGUUAUACACCGUUGCAUGUGGCCUGUCAUUAUGGGAACGUCAAGCUGGUGAAGUUUCUCCUGCAGCACCAAGCGGACGUCAAUUCUAAGACCAAGCUAGGAUACACCCCUCUACACCAAGCGGCUCAGCAAGGCCACACCGACAUUGUCACCCUCUUACUCAAGCACGGGGCCUCCCCCAACGAAGUCAGUUCGAACGGUGCCACCCCUCUAGCCAUUGCCAAGCGACUGGGCUACAUUUCGGUCACGGAUGUCCUGAAAAUUGUCACCGAUGAGACCAGCGUCCUGUCAUUCAACGACAAACACCGCAUGAGUUUCCCGGAGACGGUGGAUGAGAUCCUGGACGUUUCUGAGGAUGAAGGCACGGCUCACGUAACUCUCCUGGGAGAGGAGCUGCCCGGGCCCAAGACCCAAAAGCAGGAUUUUCAAUAUCAGGAAGAUGAGCGAGAAAUCGUGGAAUUUGUCCCCAAACUGGAUCACACAAGGGAGGAGUCGCCAGCUAUCCCACGGAUCCCUUGCGUCACGCCCGAGACAGUGCUGAUCAGACCUGAGGAGCCGGAGCAGCCUUCCAAGGAAUUUGACGAGGAGUCCCUCAUCCCAAGCAGCCCUGCCACGGAGACCUCGGACAACAUCAGCCCGGUGGCCAGCCCUGUCCACACCGGAUUCCUAGUGAGUUUCAUGGUGGAUGCCCGUGGUGGGUCUAUGCGGGGCAGCAGGCACAACGGCCUUCGCGUCAUCAUCCCCCCCAGGACGUGCGCAGCGCCCACACGCAUCACCUGCCGCCUGGUCAAGCCCCAGAAGCUGCCGGCGCCGCCCCCUCUGGCAGAGGAAGAAGGGCUGGCCAGCAGGAUUAUCGCGCUGGGCCCCGCCGGAGCGCAGUUCCUCAGCCCCGUCAUCGUGGAGAUCCCUCACUUUGCCUCGCACGGGCGUGGCGACCGGGAGCUGGUGGUCCUGCGCAGUGAGAAUGGGUCCGUGUGGAAGGAGCACCGCAGCCGCUACGGAGAGAGCUAUUUGGACCAAGUCCUCAACGGGAUGGACGAAGAGCUGGAGAGCCUGGAAGAACUGGAAAAGAAGAGGAUUUGCCGCAUCAUCACCACAGAUUUCCCCCUCUACUUCGUGGUCAUGUCCCGCGUGUGCCAGGACUGCGAGCUCAUUGGCCCAGAGGGGGGCUCUCUACAGAGCACAUUGGUGCCUCUGGUCCAGGCCACAUUUCCGGAAACAGCGGUCACCAAGAAGGUCAAGCUAGCUCUGCAGGCACAGCCAGUGCCGGACGAGCUGGUGACGAAACUGCUGGGGAACCAGGCGACGUUCAGCCCCAUCGUGACGGUGGAGCCUCGCCGCAGGAAAUUCCACCGGCCCAUUGGGCUACGCAUCCCCCUGCCCCCCUCGUGGAGGGAGAACCCCCGGGACAGCGGGGAGGGUGACACCACCAGCCUGCGGCUGCUCUGCAGUGUCAUAGGAGGAACAGCCCCAGCCCAAUGGGAGGACAUCACUGGGACCACAAAACUAGUCUAUGCCAAUGAGUGUGCAAACUUCACCACCAACGUAUCUGCCAGAUUCUGGCUAGCGGAUUGCCCUCGCACAGCUGAAGCGGUUCAUUUUGCCACCCUGCUGUACAAGGAGCUGGCGGCGGUGCCCUACAUGGCCAAGUUCGUGGUGUUUGCCAAAAUGAACGAUGGGCGGGAGGGACGCCUGCGCUGCUACUGCAUGACCGACGACAAGGUGGACAAGACGCUCGAGCAGCACGAAAACUUUACAGAAGUGGCACGAAGCCGGGACAUUGAGGUGGUGGAGGGCAUGCCGCUCCACACGGAGCUCUCCGGAAACCUCGUGCCGAUCAAGAAGGCCGCCCAACAGCGCAGCUUCCUGUUCCGGUCCUUCCGUGAGAACCGGCUCAUCAUCCCUGUCAAGGUCAGGGACAGCAGCCGGGAAGCCAGCGGCUCCUUGUCUUUCCUCCGCAAGCCCAUGAAGUACGAGGAGCUGCAGCACGUGCUCUGCCACUUGAACGUCACGAUGCCACCCUGCUCCAAGAGUUCCGGUAGCGAGGAGCGAAGGAGAACGUUGACGCCUCUAGCCCUGCGGGAGAGAUACAGCCUCCUCAGUGACAGCACGCUAGGCUCAGUAAGCAGCACAGAGAAGGACAAAGCCGACAUGAAGAUGGCUGUCAUUGCAGAGCAUCUGGGCCUCAGUUGGGCUGAGCUGGCCCGGGAACUUCAGCUGGAGGUGGACGACAUCAACAGGAUCCGCGUUGAGAACCCCAACUCCUUGUUGGAGCAGAGCAUGGCCCUGCUGAACCUGUGGAGCAGCCGUGGUGGCCAGAACGCCAGCAUGGAGAACCUGUACACGGCUCUGCGCAACAUCGACCGGAGCGAGAUCAUCAACAUGCUGGAAGGCUCCACGCGGCAGAGCCGUAGCCUGAAGGGCGACAAACGCUACCCCCACCGGGACUACUCCCUGUCGCCCUCCCAGAUGAAUGGUUACGCUUCGCUGCAGGACGAGCUGCUGUCCCCCGCCUCCCUGCAUUACGCCCUGCCUUCCCCGCUGCGUGCCGACCAGUACUGGAGCGAGGUGGCCAUCAUGGACGCCAUCCCCAUGGCCGCCAGCGAGCAGGACGCCCUCAUGGAGAUGUCGGACAUGCAGGUGUGGUCCUCGGGGCUGACGCCCUCGCUGGUGACUGCUGAAGACUCCUCCCUGGAGUGCAGCAAGGCCGAGGACUCGGACGCCACGAGCGAAGGCCGGUUCCCGGGGCAGCUCCUGGAGGACGUGCAUGGCCCCGACCCGCUGGGCUCCAUGGACCUGGUGGAGGACGACACAGUGGACUCAGACGCCAUGAAUGGCCUGAUGGACAUGCUAGAGCAGGAGGAAGGCCAGCAGCGGGUGCAGGCCCGCAUCACCGAGUCGCCGGCUGUCAGUCGUGUAAUCGACAAGGGCAGAGACAGGCUCGGCGAUUGGGCCGUGGAGAGCUCCUUCAUCUCCAGCCUGUCGGACCUGCCCAAGGGGGUGUCGUUGAGCCCCCCACCCCUGCUGCGGCAAGCGGUGCCCUACAAAGUUCGGGGCCGGGAGCGGGACAGGCCGGAGCACAUGCGGAUUGACUCAUCGGAGGAGAGGGAGAGCCCCCCGCUGCACAGGGAUUGGGGCCUCCAGCCCGGGAGGGAGCCUGGCCUGCCCAAGUGGCUGGAGGAGGCCGGCAGCAGCUUCUUUGGACAAACACAGGGUAAUGAAGCACUGGACCUUCCGGGGGAACAAGUGACCGAAGAGCAAUUCACCGAUGAGCAAGGCAACAUCGUCACCAGGAAGAUUAUCCCAAAGAAGAAGAAGCCCUUGAAGCUGGGCACCAUCAAGAAGAAAGAUCUGAAGAAGCUGGUGCUGUACUUGAAGAAUGGGGCAGACUGCCCGUGCCACCAGCUGGACCACCUCAGCAACCAGUUUCUCAUCAUGGGGCGCAAGGUGAAGACCCAGUACCUGCUGACAGCCAUCCACAAGUGGGAUAAGAAAAACAAAGAAUUCAAAAAAUUCAUGAAGAAAAUGAAGAGUCCGGAGUGUCCCACAUUUCAGUCUGUCUUCAAAUGAUCAGCUGGUGUCAGAUUUGGGACUUUUUCUUUUCUUUUUUUUUGCUGGCCCUGAACUUGCACAGACUUUGCCUUCGGGGCUCAUAUACCGUUGGCCUCCUUCUGCAAUGGUGGAUGCUGUACCUUUGAUUCCUUUGGUGUUUCUUUUUGUUUGUGUCUUUUAGAGCUUCUUGUUUCUUGCUCUUUCCCCUGUCCCAGUUAUAUCCCUGUUAGGGAAUCUUCAGAAGGGCUGUAGGUAGGCUUGGGGUUGCCAGCACAGCCGUAUCAGAGGCCGUAUUGAAAACAAACCUUUGCAACAAACCUGCAUGGACUGUUUUGGGAUAGAAACCUGCAAUUUCAAUGGGGUAGAAUUUUCCCCGUAAACAUGCCCCCUCUGAUUCCCUUGUUUCUCCUGGCAGCUGUUCCUCCAGUGACCAUUUCCUACCAACCCCUGGUGUGCUUCGUCCUCUACCUUUUGAUUUGUCAAGUGAAUGAUCCCAGCUAGUCAGGGAUCCUGUGGCAGAUGAGACGAUGUCACUGUGUUAUGUAGCCAAUUAAAUUCACCUAUGUAAUGAGGUCACUGGGGGUGAGUGAGGGCAAUAUCAUUGAGUAAGUCAGCCUAUCUUGAUUUUGUUUUGUAAAGCAUGCCCCCAAAUUGCCAAAAACAGAAGACAAUUUUUUGGUCACAGCAGAAAACGUUCACACCAAAACACACACACGCGUAUGAGUAGUUUUGACUCAACUCUCCUUUGGGGUAUCUAAAAGUGCCACACAGACAUGAGGGUGCAAGGCGGGUGAGCAUCCAAGAUGAACACAGAUAGGGAGAAUAGUCUCAGGAUGCUAUAAAAGAAUUUCGGCCUCUUGUUUUUUUUAUUAGGCCUUCUUCAAUAGGCUAUAACAGUACAUAUAUACAACAUGAAUGACACAACACAGAAUUAUUAUUAUUUUCAAUUAGAAAAGCACAUUGCAAGCAUGGCCAGUGUAUACAUGUGAACAAUAACACAAUUUCAAUGCCACCCAUAAAUGGUUCAUAGGGCACAUUGCAAGCAAAGCCUGUGCAUAUAUUUAAAUAGUAUAAAACAGUUAGCAUAUUACAUACUCACUUGUAACGAUGUCUGCAGAGAUUGUUUACAACCACUUGUCUUACACUAUAAAUACUGGCAACUAGAUGGGGUGUCCUAAAGCUCUAUGGUUUUUUAUACUGUGAGACAAGUUUUUUCUUUGAGUUUCGUGGAGGUGUUGCACGCAGACAUACCCAGGAGUCACUCUGACCACAAGAGUGUUCACACAUGCUGCCAGUGGGCUGUUUUUUUUAUCACAAGCAGAUCUUUUUUUAAGGCAGCAAUCUGCCCAUGAGAACAGAGACUAAUGAAAUGGCCUGGAGUAGUGAAGGAACAGGCUGGUGAACGGAUCCUGUCUAUCUCAAGGUAGCCCAUGCAGACAAAUUUCUGGGUGAUGGUUUUCCAGGUUCAUUAGUGAGAAGGAAAAUACCAUUUUGCUUCUCUGCCUUGAAUACUGGAAUACCUUGAGAUACUUAACUUUUGCAGAUAUAUGUAUGCUAUUUUGCAUUGUUUGAAACUAAUGUCACAUCACGUAGGAACGGCCAGCAUUGUGGUGUGGCAGUGGUUUUGAAUCUGAAGGUUGCCUUGUACACAACUAGAGAAUGGCGCCCGCCUAAGGUGCAGGGAGGUAUAGAUGAGGUGUAAAGUUCCAGGGAGGGCUGAGAACCCCCCAGGGAGGUGAAGGCGCCCUUCUUCUGUUUGAGCCAACACUUGGGUGGAUUGAAUGUCCCUUGGCAGAGGACCCUCUUUGAUUCACAUUGGACUUGCAGGCUGCUGUCACUCCAGUCUGAUUUGGGAAGAAGGUGCCUCAUGUGUGGUUGCAUCAGCGAGUGGCUGUAGUUCAUUGGUAGAACAUCUGCUUUGCCUACAGAAGGUCCCAGGUUCAGUCACUGGCAUCUCCAGGGAGACCUGGUAAAGAAUCCUGCCUGAAAACCUGGAGAGUCCCUAGGUGGGUUGAGAUGCUGUGUGCCUCUUCCAAUACCAGAGUUGGACUCAUACCCCGGUUCACAGAUCCUCACAUGCAGCGGUAUAAGCAGAAGUCUCCAUGACACAAUGCAUGAGACUCUUCCCAUGCUCUCUGGUGGAACAGGCUGUACAGGUUGCAUUGAGAGGGACCCUCCGCAAGGUAGAGGCAAGGGGGAACCCAUCUUCAACAACUGUGUGAAACUGGGUUUGGGGGUCAUUUGGGCUGUUUGUCCUGUCCCCCAGGAAGGGGGAUUGCAAAGGCAGGGCCCAGGAUUAAGAAAAGGAAUGGGGUUGUUAAAUUGUCAGUGUGGGGGCAGAAGAAGUUGAAUAAUACCCCAGUUCAGGAAUGACCCACGUCUCUAUUCAUGGGAGUGGGGCGGAGGCUCCAUUCUCCAUGCAGUGGUUUGGGUGAGUUGGUGAAUGAGCCAUCUUUUGCUGCCUGAACGGAUCCCUCCUCUCAUGUAGUUUGGGCCUGUAAUAAAGCUGGUGUCAGAGUGCAUGAACCCCUUCACAGAUAGAGAGCACAUCAUGAGCUGAGGCACCUGACAUGAAUAUACCUUUGCAGUUGCAUACAGAAUCCAAAAAAGAGAGCGAUGUAACAUUAAAGUGUGGAAUAUUUCCUAUAACUUGAAAACAUUUUCUUCCUCUUAUGGAGGCAGUUUUAUACAACAUGUUGGCUAAAAGUUUGCUAGUGGCAGUGGGGGAAGGGGUAGAUAAAAUGACAACCAUCCCUGGCCUAGUGAUUUACUUAAAAAUGUAAUCUAAUGGAGUGUUGUUACUUGUUAUUUUCACAGUCCUUGGACCUUGCUGUCUUCCUGUCCUUUCCCCACGAGAAAUGCCCUAUUUGUAUAUAAUCCUCUUCUUUCUCCAGAAAGAUGUCCUUGAAUUUUUUUUUUUGGUAGCUUUCCUAGUUUCAAAUUAUGCUAGUUUCUUGUUUUCUAUCCCAGUCCCAUGUGUUUGUUCAGUUAUUUUGUUGGUAAAUGUGAGAUUUUUGAACCUCCAGGUUUUAGAAUGGAGUUUGUGCCUUUAAGGAGAUAUUUCGCCUCCCUCACCCUGUUGGGUCUCACUUUUCUGUUAAUAUUAUUUUCCCUAAAACUAACAGCACCUAAGAGAGAGAGUGUGUGUGUG